CCGGAAGUUUGUGUUUCUACCCGACGUAGUAUACGCGACAGACCACAGAUUCGUGUAGUUGCGUCUUUUAAAUCUUCUUUGUAAGCCAAUGGAUUGACAUGAGCCAGCUGAGAUGCUGAAAGAUCUUCCCCGAGAGGCUCUGUUGAGGCCAUUGACCAGGAAUGAGGUGGUGGGCAUGCUAGUGAGGUUGACCAUCUUUGGAGCAGCCACCUACUACAGCAUCAAAUGGGUUGUGGAAGCAAUGGACCCUACCUCUAAACAGAAAAACCAAGCCAAGAAAAGGGCAGAGCAGCUUAUGAAGAGGAUUGGUGUUGAGGGUGUCAAACUUACUGAAUAUGAGAUGAACAUUGCAACACACCUCGUCGAUCCACAAACAAUGAAGGUGUCCUGGAGAGAUAUAGCAGGACUAGAUGAGAUAAUCAAUGAGCUACAAGACACAGUCAUUCUGCCCUUUCAGAAAAGACACCUUUUGGCUGGAUCCAAACUGUUUCAGCCACCUAAAGGUGUUUUGUUGUUUGGUCCACCGGGAUGUGGGAAGACCAUGAUUGCUAAGGCAACAGCCAAAGCUUCUGGCUGCAAGUUUAUCAAUCUGCAGGCGUCCACACUGACCGAUAUGUGGUACGGUGAAUCCCAAAAGCUGACGGCUGCCGUCUUCUCAUUGGCGAUCAAACUCCAGCCUUGUAUAAUUUUUAUUGAUGAAAUUGAGUCAUUUCUCAGGAACCGCUCCAGCCUUGAUCACGAGGCCACUGCCAUGAUGAAGGCCCAGUUCAUGAGCCUGUGGGAUGGGCUGGAAACAUCCUCAGCGACUCAGGUCAUGAUCAUGGGGGCAACAAAUCGACCUCAAGAUGUGGAUGCUGCUAUCUUGCGCAGAAUGCCCACCACUUUUCAUGUUGGUCUUCCUAACGCAAGACAAAGACAGGACAUCUUGAGGCUGAUUUUAGCUGGAGAAAAUCUGAGCAACACCAUUAAUCUGAAGGAGAUAGCCGAGAAGACGGAAGGCUACUCUGGCAGCGACCUCCGAGAACUUUGCCGCGAUGCCGCCAUGUACAGAGUUCGAGACUACGUGCGCAAGGAGCAGAUGAGGCAGAUCGCUCAGCAGUUAGGGGAAGUCCAGGAGGAAGAAAACUCUGGAUAUGCUUGAGUGUGCAGAACAUGUUUGCAGUAAGUCAUUUUAUCAAAAGUCACUUUUCCUUGCCUUUAAAGCUGUUGUGCAUAUUUAUAGGCUGGUAUUAACAUUCACCCAAACUACAUUUAUUUUAAUCAAUAUUUUGUUAUUCAUCCAUGUUUUCUGAAAUUUGCAGAGGCUUCAAUAUGAGAGACAGCAGGCAGUCAUUGUUGGGAGCGAAUUUAGUCAUCGGGGUCCUCCACAUCGUGCUUUUGUUUUUGUUUUUAUUCUUACAAAAUGUAUGUAAUUUAGGCCAUUUUUUUCCUGCUUUUGAAAUCUGUUACAGCCAUGUUUAUAUAACCCCCAAAACGAUUUAAAUAUUAAUGUUCAUCAUCUUCUAACAAGUGUGAAUAUGAGAAUAUUCUCCUUAAAAGUCCCUAAAAUCCUCCUGGGAGAUUAUUAUUACCUAACAAGUGAAUCAUCUCAACACUUUACUCUAAGAACAUUGAGCGACAUUUAAUAUAGUUUAUUUAAUAUAGCUUACCGCUAUUCACAUCUUUACUCUCAGCUUCAUCUACUGCGUUUUGAUGUAGUUUUAAGCACGUGAAUUAAGACUAAAACAGUAGUAUGUACUUAAAAUUGAAGAAAUAAAUCGAUCAGUUUUUAUGAGGGGCGUCCCAGACAAUUGCCUGUGUUUGCCUAAUGGUAAGUCCGCCCCUGGUCCUUGUAAAGGUGGUGUGUCAUAAUAGAAGUGUCUGUAGCAUCUGUAGGCCAAAGUCUUGUUUGAUUGACAGCUGCAGGCUACCAGUGUCGGUGCAUUUACCGAGAGUGGCACAGCAUCAAAUUUAUUUGCCAACAACACCAUCAUAGGAUGAUGCACUCAUGAAUACUCAGUGACAAUGAUCAUUUAAACGAAGUAAAUCCUAGUCGAAGCACAAGUGCAGAGAGGAGAGUUGAUACUUUUAAUGAACUGAGGAACAGAAGUUUUUAGAAUUUACAGCAUUUUCAAACGGGAGAAUGAUUGGGACAUAAUGUAGGUCAGACGCCUUUUGGAGAAUCCUUCUAUAUCCACAAAUGAAAUGUGUUUGUUUUCUCCCUCCGCAUGUUGCAAAAGAAAAAUAAAACUAUGACACAAUAUAAACCUACCUAUAUAUUAGAAACCAGUGAUGUGCGGUGAGGUUCAUGGCUGGUGAGGCACUGACUCCUUUGAAGUUUUUUAAAGAGGAUUAAGUUUGCAAUUCAUUCAUAAAUCAAAUACUUCUUAGUCCCAUUUAUUCAUUUCUUUUAUGAACUGAAAAACAUUUGUGGUUUUACCUUUUUAUUUGUAUAUGAAGUACAAGCAUCCUAUCCUUGUCCAGGAAAAGUUCUGAUAAUUUGUUGUGAAAGACCGGUCACCUUCUGCAAGUUUGGAUGGCUGCUCCACUGGGGUAACUCUGCGCCAACAAAUCCUCCAUCUUGACAGGCAAUACCAUUCAUUAAUGCAGCAGAGCAUAAAAAUAUCUUUAAUUCAUUUGACUCUAACUGGAGCUGCUGUUAAAAAAUAAAAAAAUAAAAAAAAAAACCCAGCUGGCUUCCAGCUCACGCACACCUCCGCCCCUUCAGGAUGAGGUGGAGUACUGCACGGGCCUCUGCGUAUGGCAUUUAUCUGUAUUUUAUUGUCCAAUUAGCAAGAAUAAUGAUGUCACACUUACUUUAGACAUUGCACAGGCUGUAGAAAGUCAUGGUGUAUAAUAAAUGUUUCUGCAACACUGUAUUAUUGGCGACAUGCUGACAAACACAAACUGGCAGGUGCCAUCAGUGCAGUGCACUCAGUGCAGUGGCGGAGUGGAGAGAUCUGCCGCAGCCUCGUCUCAGAUUUCUGCUCUGUAUUUGAUCAGGAAAUGUGCGAUGUUUACUUAGGAAAAUGUUUAAAAACGAUUGGAAUCAUACAAAAAACACAGUUACAACACAGUUCAGUAGAAACAUAGUGAGGAAGAAGGACAAAAUAAGCAGCAAAAAAACAACCACUUCCACACUGAGUAAUAGGCCAUAGUCAACCAUGAAACGGUGAUCAUUUAGUAAUGCGUCUGUGUAGGCUCUCAGUCGUACAGGAGUUGUCCAAAUGAGGAGUUGUCCGUAUGAGGAGCGAAACGUCCGACACCUUCACAGAAGUACAGAUGACGUCUCAAGAAGCCUUUUCCUCGAUCAUUUAGUAAUACAUUUUUUGGAAUGCGAUAGAGUGUGGCCGCGAUAUUCAAACCGUGAAGUAGUGAGGGACGACUGGUAUCAUCAAUCAGCUGUAGUUCCUCUCAUCCGUAUGUAGUCGGAGCCAUGUUUGCACGGUUGAUUACUUCUCCAAUGGAGUACUUCUAUUUCCCCAUUGGUUUUAAUCUUAUUACCAUAAUGAUUAUAUAAUAGCCAACAAAUAAUAGGCUCUAUUUAGUCCGUCCGAGUGUGUCUUCAUGAUGUGAUGCAUGGAUGUGUGUAUUGUCCACGUCUCGCUAUGCAGAGGGUGUGACUCCGCUCUGCGGGCUCAUUUGCUGUCAUAAUGACAUAAAUGCUGUCAGCCAAGCCCAUUCACUUCCUCAGUCUCACGGCCUAAAUGUGUCGUAAUGAAUGUGUGAGCUAUGCCGCAUGUUGCACGAACAGAUGGCGGGGUGAAUAUUCACAGUUGUGUCUUUAAAGGGGCAGAGUGCAGCAUUUUCCUUUGCAUUUCUUUUGCAUUUUCUUUACAUUCUGCAAAGUUGUGCUUCUGAUCAUUAACCAUUGAUCAGUUAUUCAUAAAUUAUUGGUGACUUAUUCAUGAAGGAGUGGAAGUGAUGUUUCCGUUCCAAUUCUCUUCAAUCAGAGGACAGCCCCAGUCGAUAGACAUGAUUGAAGAAUCUCUCAACUGUAUCACAGCUGGUUGGAGAUGUCAAAGACUUCCCAUGGAGGGGAGAGCUUGAUGUCUGAUAGACCCACUUUUGUCUAACCGUGGCCUAUCUGUAUAGGGGCAUUCAGCCCUGGUCCGGCGGUCUCUGAUUUUUUUUAAAUCAGAUAGGAUGAAACAAGCUUAUAAUGUCCCCACUGUUCGUAACGGUGCUCUAAGAGCUGCAGUGCUAUCAGACGUGAUUGAGCGGGCACAGAGAAAUCAGCAGCGGCUGUUAUGCCUGUCACAUUCUCAGCAUGAUAUCCUGAUGCCCACCAAUGCUUGGGGUUUUCAAAUAGGAGUGGCUCUCUUCCAUGGCGCAUCACAUAAGCAUAUGAAGGAGCGGGAAGCUGCACACUGGGAAGUAAGAUUCAGGAGAAAGAGACAGCGUUGUAUGUAAUUUUUCCACUUCGGAGCAAAGCUUUUGUAUUUUUUUUUUAUCACACUGAUAAAAGAGCAACUAAUGUCAAAUAAUGGCUCUGGCUUCGUACAAAUACUGAAGCGGUCAGAGGAAAAAAUAGGAAAGUGAAAAUUGACAUUUUUAAAACUCUGCCGAGAAAACGGUUUGAAUUAAUGCGACAUUUUGAGUCAGUCGUUGUCAUAUGCUAAGAUCAACUAAGAUCAACACACUGUGUAAACUACACUCUUAAGGAAAAAAGUACAUGAAUGUGCCUUUAGGGGCUCAGUGGCUUGUCACUGGGGUGGUACCCUCAAAGAUUGUGUUUUUGUAGCCUCAACACUUUUGAGUGUCAAUCAGAACUGCAGUAAAAACGUAUUUUAUUGGAUAAAUAUGAAGAUGCACGGUGACUCAUUGAAGUCAUUUAUAUACAUAGAAGAAAUAUCCUGGUUCAUCUUGAUAUGUCAUUGUGCGUGGGUGCUGAACGCCUCCCCCAUUUAGAGAUCCUGCAUCCUCAGGGUGCUCUCAGCAGCCUAUCCGGGUCAGGGACUCUUCAGUUGCAUUUUAUAUGUCUUUGCACGACACUGAGGCUUUGCCCUACAUUAGCCUGCAUCCAAAAUCUUUGCAGGAUCUUAAAGGAAGACUUUCAUGACGCUAGACUUUGCUUGUUUGCACUGUUUUAAGUGGGGCAGUUUUCUGGGCUGACACUGGAAUUAAAAUGAGUUGUUGAGCCAGGAAGUGAGAAGAUCUCAGGACUAUUAAAUGCAACAAUUAGAACGUAUCAUUUUGACUUGUCUACGACCACAUAAGCGUCAUGUGAGGGGGAAAAAAAAUAUGUGGGGUAUGUACUGACACAGUACAUACCUGUCAACCCUUCAGUUGUCCCUGUGAAUCACCUGUAUACUUGGCACGCAACAUAGUCCAAAUGUCCACCCUGUUGUAGGACAUUUUCAUCUUUAUUCAUAAGCAUUGUUGUUGUUAAUACACAGUCUCUGUGCUUUUUACAUUUUUGAAGACCUAAAAUGUCCCUUAUUUCAUAUAUUUCAUAUGUAAAAGUUUUUGCUUUUUUUUAAUAUCAAUGAAUACCAAUUAUCUUGGAAAAAACAUGUUUCAUUUUAAAGCAAAAUGUAGAUUUCCUUUCACCUUUCAUUUGCAAUAAAAAGGAAGUUGAAUGAACCUGAAGUACACCCAACAUACACAUCAGGAACAGUUUCUAGUUUUCUAUUUUUAACCCCUAAUCCAUUUGUUGUUCUGUUAACUUCCACACCCAUUUUUCUAACAGGAUGGAUCUUUAGUUUUCAGGUUGUUGCGUUCUCAUGAGGCCCACAACCUGGUCACCUGGACCAGCCAAUGUUCUCCUUGGACUUGGCCAGUAAAACUUCUUAUGUAUAAAUUUCACUCCAAUAUAAUCUUCAACAUUCAAUAUUAUUGGUGGGUAAGGUUCAUCAUCAUAGUUAACAAUUCACCAUUACCCAAUAUUUUCUCGCUUUCUCUCCCUUCUCCAACCUCCCUUGCUCCUUAUUUAGGUAUUUUGCCCGUUUUUCAGGGUCUGCAUGACGCCAUUCCCUUUAGCUUUGUUUCCGCUGCAGGUAGCGUACCCUGAAAAAUACAUGCAUGUUGUUUUAAUGAGCCCUUUUAAAGGAAGUAUAAGAACCUAAUGUAUAAAGACAAAUAACCAAAAUAAUGAAAAACUAAGAAUGGUUGCUGGAAAUAGUUAAUCAUCUCCUUCUGAAGUCCACUUUGUUAUUAUGAGUCCACCCUGUUACUAUGCAAAAUGGUAACAGGGUGGACAUUUUAGCGCCAAAGUUAGCCAUUAAUGGUCAUUUGAUGAAUUACACGCUCGUACCUGGUGACCACAGACGACGAUUUACCACAGUUAUUGACCACAUUGUAUAAUUUGAAAAAUAUUUUCAAAUUUAACAAUAAAUAGUAACAGCAUGGACACAUUAUUUACCACAUCAGAGAAACAUUCUCAAAGGUUGAAAAAGAGUAGAGUGAAAAGCGAUAGUUACUCUUCUUUUUGUGUGGCUGUUGGAAGGAAGGACCUCCUGUACCGCUCAGUCCAGGGUCGCAGAGAAAUGAGCCUCCCACUUCGGGUGCUACUCUGCUCUGCCAUGGUAUGAUGUAAGGGGUGGUUGAUGUUGUCUCGUAUGGACUGCAGCUUGUUUUUCAUUCUUCCUUACAGUGUCCAGUGUGUUGAAACCUCACCCCAAUACUGAACCAGCUCUCUCCAGCCUGUUCAGCCGUCUGGUGUCCCUUGCUGUAAUAUUGCCAGCCCAGCACAACUGCAAAAGUCAAGGCACUACAGACCAGUAGAACAUGAGCAGCAUCUCUGUACAUACGUUAAAAGACCCUCUUCUUAUCAGGAAGAAAAGCCAACUCUGGCCCUUCUUAUAGGGUGCAUCCGUGUUUACGCACCACUGCAAGUUGCAUUCUAGGUACACACCCAAAUAUUUGUAAACCUUGACUGCUUCGAUGGUAUCACCUUUUAUGUUGACUGGCUGUAGAGGCGGCUUACUCAUACGAAAGUCAAUGACCAUCUCCUUGCCAAUAGUUUAGGAGUGGGCCAUUCAUCUUACUCCAGUCACAAAAGGCGUGAUAGAUCCAAGAUCCAGGCUGUACAGGAGGAGUCCCCCGUAUGUCCAUGAGCAGCUAGAGCCGGAUUGUAUUAAAAGCUCUCGAAAAGUCAAAGAUCAUAGUUUUGAAGGGGCUGAGUCAAACCUGUUUAAGAAACCUGGUUCAACCUAUUGGCCACGGCCACAACAGACAACUUGACUGUCUUAAGCCAGUGAUGGUUUCCAUACCCCCCCACACCCUCUGAUAUUAUUGUCUUGCAACUUCCUCUGCACCUUCUUUCUGUAGUCGUCCUUAACCUUUCUCAUGUUUUUCCAUAAUUCCUGUUGCACCCGUUUAUCCCUGGUACUCUCCCUGAAGGCUUCUUUUUUUUUUUGGUUCAGCAGCCCUUGAUCCCACGAGUAAUCCAAGGUUUAUUAUUCAGAAGGCAGCGUGUGGUUCUUGGUGGCACAAUCAUAUCCCCACAGAAAAACAUGUAGCUGGUAAAACAGUCAACCUCAUGUCUGUGUCUGUGACUCCCUUUUCCCUUUGUGUCCCGCAAUGCUUCCCAGUCUGUGCACUCAUAGUAGGCCCUCAAUGACUCACUGGCUUCCUGUGUCCACUUCCGAAAUGUUCUAGUGUUCACAGGUUGCUUCAUGACACAUAGUUCAUAACAUGGUCUGAGAAAAAACGUUUUUUCACGUACAUGAUCAGACCUCCACCUUUGAUUUUUACUGCAUGCUUUAGCGUCCCUGCCCGCACGGACUGCGGUGAAGCUGUGUAUGCGUACACAGGAGUGACUGCAACUCGUCACACUUGUUAGAGAAGGAGUUGACAUUGCCCAUAACAAUCGAUGGCACAGCUGGCUUGUAUCUUUUCCUCUUCGCUGAUAGCUUAGCCUUUAACUUCUCUCCAGCACGACAUCCCCGGUACACCUUCCUCAGCUCCUUUGGUAAAUGUUAUUUAAUUCCAUGUUUUGCUGUCGAUCAUAAUUCCAGGAGAGCUGUCCUUGUGUAUAACACUUUCCCAUAAAUACUGUAGUAGACAUAGUCCAGAAAAAUGGCUUUCACAAAAAGGUGAAAUUAAACACCAAAGCACAGAGAGCUACAGAGACAGGCUGUCACUCAGGGCGGCGCAAAAACGAAAAAUGUGUUUAGUUUAUUGAAUUCCUGAAGAUCAUGUCGCUAUAGGAAUGGUCAUUGAGUAUAUUUAAAGGGAUAUUCAUCAGAGUAACAGGGGGAACAGUAAACACAGGCACAACUUAUUUUCAAGUUUUAACGCAUUGAAAACUUCAUAUCAACAAAUUACAUUUGUUAGGAACGUUGAUAAAUAACAUUAUAUAACAAUAACAAAAAUGUAGAAAUUGUUUCAUUUGUAUGAUUUCUACAGUCAUCCUACACUAUAUCACGAUUCGAACAUCGCUCCUUCUGUCGCGGUUUGUCAAAUAUGAAUCAAUUAAUCAAUUAUCGCCAUUUCAUGGUUCAUGGUUCAUGGUUGACUGUGGCCCUUUAUUAGUAAAAAAAUAUAUUGAAAGACCAGUCAUAUGUAGUAUUCUGGUCACUGGGUGUCCGUAAUGACACAAAAUAUUGAUGAGACAUGACAUUACACUACAUUACCUUCACACUGCAUUUAGUCAGCCAUGGCAUGUCCGACAUGAUAGUGAAAAAAAAGUUCUCCUCCCAUUCCAUGUGGAAGUGCAAAAUUUUUGUCCUUCUUCCCCACUCUAUUUGAAACCCUUUCUUAAGUUUAGAAUAAAUUGGAGGCUAACUAGUUAGCCCACUAGCAAAGCCGUGGCCGUCUCUGGUGUCUCUGCAGUGAUCCUGUAGCCUGCGCAUUAGCAAUGUGGUGUAAACAACAACAAAAAAAAUAGUGUAAAGGUGACUAUAGGGGUGUUAUUUUAUGUCUAUAGGGCUUGAAACAUGAAUUUAGAAAGUCAUGAACAGGUUUUUUAUGCUCUCCAAAAAUAUCGUAUUUAUUAAUAUUGAAUCCCACUUCGCAAAAUUCACUUAUCGUGGUCGGGUAUGGAACCAAUUAUCUGCGAUAUACGAGGCCUGACUGUAUUUGUAACUGUAGUCGAGCAAACAUGAAUGGGGACAUGCCAGUUUGGUUAUUAAUUAUUCUUCAUUCCUUUUUUGGAUAUUGUUAUGCUUUACGGUAGAAGUGGACUUACAAUUUGAAAUGUGAUUGUUCAUUUUUAAAUUGGAAUGUUUUUAAAACUAAAUAUAGCAUGUGAUGUCAUGGUGACUCAAAUGGCAGUGAAUUGUAGGAAUGACCCUCCCGUCACACUCCCAGUUCAAGAUUUUUCUGUGAAUUUCCCAUAUUUCAACUUUCAUUAAAAAAAGCCUCCCUGGUACUGCAGGAGACAUACUUGAGCCACAGCAAUCUGUGAGGACAAUGGUGCAGCACAUUGGCAGGCGGCAAAUGGGUCGAUCCAUCACCGCCUGGGCUGGAGAAUUUUCCUUGCAUUAUUUUCCCUUUCCAGAAAAUGUCUCUAUUUUUCAAAUGCAAAUGUUUACAUGUCUGGUCUGCAGGGGUCACUCGGCAUACAAAAAAACAACAGUGUGCAAGUAAGCUUGUUGCAAAAGUAAAAGUUGGUAAAAAAUGGGAGUCCAAAAACAACAAAAAUAGUUAUUGGGCAAUGACUCAAGCUCUUUCUAUCUAAAUGACACCAGUGAUAAAUAAGACGUCCUGAAAAAGUGUUACCUCACCUACCUUCCCUGUGAUGUGUGUCUCACCCUGGGGCCAAGCUCUGCUGUAGUCAAGAAAAUAACAUCUUUAACACAGUGGAACCCGUUUAUGUUGACAACCCCUCUGUCAAACAACUCAUCACCACGCCAUCUCACCAACUCACUCCAUCACUGACCCUCUUCCAAACCAGGUAGGCUCGAGGACAUUGCAUGAAGCAGAACAUUCUCCAAAGGGUCUCAAGAAUGCCAGUCUGUGAAAUCAUGUGCUUGUGAACCUGCUGUCACCAGUCAAGAGCACGGAGCGUCAAGGUGGAAUCUGCCAAUUCUGCUGUUCUCUGGAGCACAAGCCACACUUGUGGACACCAGGCCUUUCACGCCACCCCCUGCUGCAGGUCAAUUUGUAGGCUCUGGCAGUUCUGUUCCACAAGAUGGUGAUUCUGCGGCGGGCCUUCUGCCCUCCUCCUGCUGCUUCACCUCCUGGUAUACUGGCCCAUCUACUGGUAUCUCCUCCACACUCUUGAGUAAAUAUCACUUAAUGCAUCCACUCGUGGAAAAAUGCAAAACUCACUCGAAAGGAUGGGGAGAAAAGAACGGUCUGCGGUCAUCAUCUGCUAAACGGUUCCUUAAUAGGUGUUGUCAUGCUAAUUGCCCUUCCUUCUCCAUUGUCUGUCUUCCACAACUCUGUGCAGUUUCAGACAUAGCAAUACUCUUGAUGAUGCUUGAUUUUAAGUAAUUUUAGGCCACUGAAUCCAAAUACAGUAUCACAUGGGUCACAUAAAGUCUUAUCACAUUUACUUAUUCAUAAUUGCUGCCCUUGGAAGUAGAAUCCGGUUAAAGCAUAGUAAGUCCCAGUCAGUUACGUGUGGUGAGGUUCAUGCUUGGCCAGGCACCGACUCCUUUUUUAUGUUUACGUUGCUCAUUAAGAAAAUAACUAGAAGAACGUGAGAAUAAUGAACUAUUGCUAAAAAUGUUGGCUUCAAAUAUUUCUUGGUCCCAUUUAUUUAUUUACUUUCUUCAAAUGAAAAAAAAAAGUCUGUCUUCCUAUUUGUAUAUGAGCUACACCAAGUUCAGUCUUUUAUUCAGCAGAGCAUAAAAAUAUCUUGAAUGCAUCUGGCUUGCUGCUCUCCAGCUGGUGCUGCUGAAAUACCCAAAAACGUUGGCUUUUCCUCUCUAUGGAAGGACGGCAGUGAGACGCACCUUCCAACUCACGUAUGCCCCCACACCUUCAGGAUGAGUAGAGUACUGCAAGUGCCUCCCAUAUGACAUUUCUUUGUGUUUAGAUUGUCCAACAUGAAUAAUUACAUCACACUUACAUUAAAGGGAUUGCACAAGCUGUAGAAAGUCAUGGUCUACAAUAAAUGUUUCUGCAACAACAAAUGUUAUUGGCAACAUGCUGACAAACAGAAACUGGCAUACUCAAUGAGUGCACUCAGACAGUGCUGGGCUUGCACACUAAGCUGAGAGGAGACGCUUACGGAAGCCAUCAAAGGUUUCUGCCCAGCAUUUGAUCAGUAAAUUCAGUGAUUUUUCCUUAAGGAAAUGUUCAAAUCAUGUAUGGAAUCAAACAAAAUAUACAUUUAUAAUACAGUUCAAUGGACAAAUUCAUAUUUAUUUUAUCAUUAUUCUGCCCACCAUGACACCACGCACUUGUCCCAGUGUUUGUCAUGAAUUAAACACUCAAAUUAUGACCACAAAGUAUUGCAUCAUCAUGUAAAAUAACCACAUUCCUAAUUGUCCUAAUCCCCGUAACGCCUCACUGUCGCAUGAGUUCGUAUCUCAACCUGCUGCUGAUGUCAGCGUUUGAUUUUGAUUGCUAUGAUCGUUUGAUUUUGAUUUUGUUUUUGCAAUUGUAGACUUCUUUACAGUAGAUCCCCACACAUUCACUAUUCAGCAUUCACUGUUACACAAAUUUGCAGGUUUUUGGUCAAAUACUAGUUUUUUUCUCUGACAAUACGGUAUAAAUAUGUCAUAAUUCAGGCAAAAUGUACAGUACUGUAUAUACUGUAUGUACCACUGCUAGAAAGCCCACAAUUUUUACAUGGUUAUGUUUUUAUGCUUUAUGCUGAUAGUGUUUUUUGGUCAACUGUUGAGAUUUCGCACUGUGCUUGGCGGUUCUUAAAUGCAUCAUAGUUUUGUGCUGAGACACAAACGUUUGAUUGCACUUGUUUCGACAUUGCUAGUCAAUCCGGCCUGAAAACUUGCAGUAAGGUGAACAGAAGUUAAUAAAUUAUCAUAAGUCGUUUAUGGAAUUACAGCAGGCAAGCAGUGUUUAUGUUUAUGUGUUUAUGUUUCUUAUGUUCUUAUUCUUUCUUGUGUUUUCUUUCUUUUCGUGGGAGAAUGAACAGAAUAAGAUUUUCAUUGCAUGGUAUAACUGCUGUUUUACCAUGCACAUGACAAUAAAACUCUCUUGAAUCUUGAAUCUUGAAUCUUGUGUGGAUUAUCUAGAUGUGUCUUGGAAAAACACCUUCUGAUUUCCAUUGAU